AAAACUGCCCAACGGCCCAGAGCUGCCCAACUGCCCAACGGCCACUGAGCCUGGCAUCCUGCACUGCCACUGCUCCUACAGCACUUGGUUGGCUGGUUUUGUUUUCCAGUUUGUUUCAGUGUUGACAAAGUCCCUGUCUUCAGUAGAAAGGUCUCGGCAUGGACUGUAGGAAGAAUAAAACUGACAGAGAGAAGGAGGAGGAGCAUUCAGUGCUAAAUACUCCUGCAAUUCCUGAGUCACCUUUGUCUGUAACGGUAGUAGAGUCCAGUAGACAGUCCAGUGUCACCAUCUCUGGGAGUCUUCCACCAAAUCAAGAAGAGAUACAAAGCAUCAGAAGUGAAACGGAUGGCACAGUAAAGGCACACAGUGUUGUAUCGGGGCUGCAAGAUUUCCAGUCUGAGGAAAAUAGUUGUCCAACAGGUUUUGAUGUCGGUGUCAGCUCCAAUAGUAGUAAGCAAGCAGAGCCAGAGCAUGCUGAAAACGUGUUUAGAGACAAAAAAGUCCUUCAAGAUGCUCAGGGAAGAGACAGCUCCUCAAAAAAGCAGAAAACAAGCCUCAAAACCUCUGUGAACAGCCAAAAGAAGAGUAAAAGUAGAAAGUGUGGACAAAAUAAAGAGAGGGAGUCUCAUCUUAAAGAACAGGAUAAUUGUUUGCCCAAAGUUUGUAAACGGAGUUUUCAAGUGUAUGACUUGGAAAAUUUGACCAGUGAUGAGCGCAUAGCAGUUCUCCAAGCAAAAAUGCAGGAAAUCCAGAAACGUUACCUGUUAUUGAAAGCUGAGGUGGCUGCCAUUGACCGGAGAAAGCGCUUAAAGAAGAAACAGCAGGAAAGGGCUGCUGCCAUGUCAAGUUCCUCACCGGAUGGAAUGUCAGGGGAAUGCAGCACGAAGUGUAGCCCAUCGUGAAUGUAGCACCAGUCGAAACAAAGCUGAAUUUUGAUUCUUUUUCAUUAUGGUAGUUUGAAAAUUUCCUGAAGAUAUUCACUGAUCAACUGCCUCAAGUUCAGAUUCAGUGUAACUGAAACUGGAAUAAAACUUUGUGUUCUCUGCCUA